AUGAUGGCGCAGGCGUAUUAUCUUCCAUUCUUCUUCCAAGCAGUCCAAGCAACAUCCGCUAAGGUGUCCGGCGUGCAAAUCCUACCCUCCGGCAUCACCAUCGCGAUUGCUACGCUUGUUAGUGGUAUCUUCAUCACUAUGGUAGGCUAUUACGUACCAUUUAUGUGGACAGGCGCUGCUAUUUUUACUGUGGGCUGCUACCUUCUCCACACUCUGGUUUGGUCAAGUACGAUGAAGGCAUGGUUCGGAUACCAAGUGAUAAUAGGUAUUGGCUACGGAAUCUCGGUCCAAGUCCCCUACCUAGCUGUGCAGGUAGUCGUUAUUUCUGUCGACAGACCCCUGGCCAAUGCAUUGAUUUCACUCUUUCAGGCUCUUGGAGGAGCUCUCGGGCUCAGCAUCGCCGAAAACGUGUUUCAGACAUGGCUCAUUAAACGACUCGACAAAAUUCAAGACAUUAACGUGCCGAUUAUCAUCGCAUCAGGUGGCACAGACCUGGAAACGAUCGUCAGCGCGUCAAAUCUGGACUCAGUUCGCAAUGCAUUUAGUGGUGCUGUUAUUAAUGCCUUUCUAGUCUCUGUAGCAGCGGCUGGAGCAGCUUUCGUUACGAGUCUCGGCAUAGAAUGGAGACGUAUCGGCGUCAAAAAGGACAGCCCAGAAAUGAGAGACAACUCUGUAGUAGAGUCAACAAGUCAUUAA